AGAGUAAAGUUAAUUUUGGUAUAAAACGGUUGAUCUUCUUCAAUUUAUUAACAGUAUCAAGACCAGCGUGGUCAAGCAGUGUUGUGUUUGGUAUAGUUUUCGCGAAACUGUGCUGGCGUCGACCAUCUAGGAUGAGGUCGUUAGCGCUUUUGUUACUAUUUGGCUGCCUGUGCGCCACGCUCGUUCUAGCCGACGAACCGGUUGCGGUGCGCGAGAAGCGCAGCCCGGCUCCGUUCUUUUUCAACAAGGGACACGAUGACCACCAUCACGAGCCCAAGUGCGUCUGGGAGAAGAAGCUGGCCUGGAAGGAGGACUGGAAGAAGGUCUGGGAAACGAAGAAGAUCGAGGUGUGGAAGACCGAGUGGAAAAAGCAGCAGAUCCCCGUCUGGAAGAAGGUCGAGGUGCCGAUCUGGCGCGAGGUGAAGGUCCCCGACUGGAAGAUCGUCAAGAAGCCGUACUGGAAGGAAACCGAGAUCCCCGCCUGGAAGGAGGUGCAGGUGCCCGACUGGAAGAAGGUCACCAAGCCCAUCUGGAAGGAGGUGCAGGUGCCGGUCUGGAAGGAAGUGCAGGUGCCCGAGUGGAAGCAGAUCUGGGUGCCGGACACCGUGAAGGUGGGCAUCCCCGGCGAGAAGUUCCUCGGCAAGGACGAACACGGCUGGGAGUACACGAGCCACGAUCUGUGGAAGAAGAAGAUGGUCUGGAAGCCACUAUGGAAGAAGGUGUGGAAGACGGAGAAAAAGGAAGAAUGGAAGACCGAAAAGAAGCUGGAAUGGAAGGACGAGUGGGUCCAGACCUGGAAGACCGAGAAGCAGCAGAUCUGGGUGAAGAAGAAGGAGGAAGCGUGGAAGGAGGAGAAGGUCGAGAUCUGGCGCGUGGAGAAGAAACAGGAGUGGGCUACCGAGAAGAAGCUGGAGUGGAAGGAAGACUGGAAAGAAAUCAAGGUCCCAGCCUGGAAGGAAAUCCAGGUCCCGGCGUGGAAGAAGGUGUGGAAGCCAGUUUGGGAAAAGGCCUGCGUCCCAGUCAGCCACGGGUGGCAUUAGUCUCUCAUUUGUACCAUAGUGAUUUAGGUUGUAAAAAAUUUAAUUAGUUUUUUCGUAUCUCGUAACCAGCUGUAAGGCUUUCCCUCUCCACUUACUCCUUCGACUAACUAAUCUUAGCGACCUAAUCUACCUUACCGUACCUUACCACCCCGAGUGUGUGAUGUGUGAUUCUCAACCUUAAAACGUCGAGUUACGCAACCUGCACGCACUCACACCGGUGGUGCUUCUUACUCUUCUUAUCUGUCAGUGUAAUUUUCCCCUUCAUAUUACAUCCAAAGAAACAGAGAAAAAGAGCGAAGAAGAAGAAGCAGUUCGCGAGAAAGAGAAUGAACGAUUCGGAGCGCAUUUUCCUUCAAAAGUUACUUCCACUGCGUCGGAAGAUGGCGCGCGCGCGUUCGCGCAUCGCGGUAUGUAAAUACGUCCGACUCAAUUAGUCUAUUAUCUCACAGCCACUUCCCAUGUCAAUGAAAACGAAAAUGCGAGCAGAAAUUAAAAUCAUAACAUCUUCUUACCCCUCGCGUUCGCGAAUUUGUUGAUGAAGUAUUACGCCAGCCGAUUUGAAUGACGAUCCAAUCGAAGCAAAAACGGUAAACGGUUUUGAUUUGCUUUUGGGUGCAAUUUUCCACUUUUCCAAUAUCCGGUGCACGAGCACGUGUGUUGAGUCACGUGGGACCAAUUUGGGCGUGCGCGUCUCUUGCGCUGACAAGAACAUCGUUAGACGGUGCCACAGACAAGUGGAUGACAGCUGAGUUGAAAAGGUCAUUUCACCGAAAAGUCUCAUUUUACUUUUGCAACUCGUCAUAGUAAUCUGACAGUUUCGGUGAAAUGACCCAUUAGGCGAAAUGUCCAACGCAGUCUCAGUUGAUCUGCCCAAGUCUGUCAUAACACGCCCGUCGUAAAACGCAAAACAUCUCGUUAGCAUAAAACCGUUUGCCCGGGCCAAGUCUGUGGUGGGACCUUUUGUGACCAACCCCGCUACCUGUUGAAUGACCCACACGGGCGUCUCAAAAGGUGUCAAUUAACUGGCGUCAUUUUGAAAUUUCCUCCAUUAUUACAUUUCGCGCUGGGCUCGAGCAUUUAUUUCUAACUGAAAACGAAAAACGAAGACCGUCAUAACAAAAGGGCCUAACGCAAUCACAUCAACAACAACAAAAGUGCCUAAAAUGGAGAGAAGAAGCGCGCUAAUAAAUGGCCAAGUCCACUGGCACAGAGACUUGUUUCCCAUGGCAUUUCCCCUUUGAGUCUGAAAACUAAGUCAUGGAAGAGAUACCACCACCACCUUAACAAUCAGUCAGGCAGCAGUCAAGCCAGUUAUGGGCGGCGAAUAACUCCACCGGAAAGCUUCCACCAACCGAAAGGGAAUGCUGCUGCUAGGUGGAUAGGACAAAUUAAGUUCGCGCAAAAAAUAACUUUGCGCAACAUUUAUGGAAGUGCGGAACUGUAUCGACCGCUGAAAAAAAAAGCGCGGAAAAGAAACAACAACUUCGAGGGCGUCUCGAGGAAGCAAACCGAGGAAAAACUGGGAAAAGAGGCCUGGAAAAUCUCAUACCAACCACAUACACAUGUGAGAUAAGUCAGAGUUGAAUUGCUAACCAGCAGCAGCAACAGCCGAGAGAAAACUUGACGAGACAAGGUCUAGUUUUUCACUGAAAGUGAAGUGACCUGAGCGUGCGCGCGCGAAAGUGAAGUAACUUUGGUUUAUGAUUUAUUUUUGUAUAUUUUCAUACAAAAAUCAAAAUUAUAAAUAAUGUAUUUAACAACGACAGCGGAGAAACCAGCUCUCUGAUAUAACUCCGAUGAUUAACCAUGUUUUUUGUUGUUUUUUUCACUAAACUGUUUUAUAAUUUUUUACCAUCAAAAUUAAUACACUGUUUAAUUCUUUUACGCGAGAAACCUACGAAACGAAACGCCGGUAACAAAUUUUUGUACAUAUUAAUUGUAACGAGUUAAUUAAUGUUGUAAAUAGACUUUCAAACACAAACACACACAACGAAUACACAUACACACAAACAACAAGUGAAACUGAAAAAAGUAAAUAAAUUCGUUUGAAAAAAUGCUCAA